AUGACAACUGCGGAUAAUGAUCCCGCUUGUGUCAUUGCCAUCGAACCAUCUGAACUCGAUCAUAUUCGUGCCAAUGUUCUCAAAUCUCAGAUAGCAACUUAUCGUCUUCUAGCUCGCAAUUUGCCAGUGUCAAAUUCUCUACUUCAAUCAUGUUCAUAUAAAGUACAACUAGCUGCGUUGAUUCAAAAUCAUGUUCAAGAACAACCUGAAAUAACCCAACCAACAACUAUUGUGCUUGAAACUCAUCAAAAUGAUGAUGAUGAUAGUCCAUUAAAGUUUACAUCGGCAACAGCUAUGUAUCAAUGGCUAGUCGGAACACACCAAAUCAAUAAUAUCGAUGAAGAAGAUGCUAUUCCUACGCGUAUUCGUCAACAUCCAAUUAGUCUCAAUCCUUUGUAUAUUCAACAAGAACGAGAAAAACGUGUUUUUAAUCGUAUUUCUAAUCGUCUUCAAGAACUUGAACAUAUGCCUUCUCAAAUGAGUGUUGACUUACGAACACAAGCAUUAAUUGAACUUAAAUCACUUAAAUUACUUCAAUUUCAAAAGCAACUUCGCGGCGAAAUUCUUCAUACUAUGAAGAAAGAUACAUUAAUACAAACGGCUCUCAAUCCACGUUCAUAUAAACGUCCAAAACGUCAUCAUCUUCGUGAAGCACGGUCCACUGAACAGUAUGAACGACAACGUAAAAUCGAAAUCGAACAAGGUCAACGUGCUAAACAUCACGAAUUUCUCAAUGCUGUUCAAAAUCAUGCACGUGAAUUCCGUGAAUAUCAUCGUCGUUAUUCACUAUCAACGGCACGGAUGAAUAAAGCAAUUCAAGCUUAUUUUGCCAAUAAUGAACGCGAAUUAAUCAAGGAAAAAGAACGCAAAGAAAAAGAACGUAUUAAACGUUUAAUGAACGAAGAUGAAGAAGGUUAUCGAAAGUUGGUUGAUGAGAAAAAAGAUGCACGUUUAACAUUAUUAUUAUCACAAACCGAUGCUUAUAUUGAUAAUCUCAAACAAUUAGUUCGACAACAUCAACAAGCAAAUCGUUCGCGUGAACGAACAACGAAAACAAUUUCAGAUAAGCCUGUACAACCUGUUACAAUCGUUGUUCACGAACCUUCAACUGAUGAAGAAGUUAAACCAGCUCCGAUCGUUGAUCAAACUGGUAAUGAUGAAGCUAUUCGUGAUGCUGUCAAAGUUGCUGCAACAAAUGAAGAUGAUGAGUAUGAUGCCAAAGAAUCCUAUUAUUCAAUUGCUCAUCGUAUUCGUGAGCCAAUUACAGAACAAUCGAAAAUGCUUGUCGGCGGACAACUUAAACCUUAUCAAUUGCAAGGCCUUGAAUGGCUUGUUUCGUUAUAUAAUAACAAUUUAAACGGUAUACUUGCUGAUGAAAUGGGUCUCGGGAAAACAAUUCAAACAAUCGCAUUGAUUGUUCAUUUAAUUGAUUAUAAGAAAAAUCCAGGCCCAUCACUCAUUAUUGUUCCGUUAUCAACAUUAUCGAAUUGGGCUUCAGAAUUUCAACGUUGGGCCCCCGAUGUCGGCGUCAUACAAUAUAAAGGUCUACCACAUGUACGUAAAAUGCUUGCACAAUCGAUACGUACAAAUCGUUUUAAUGUUUUAUUAACCACAUAUGAAUAUAUUAUGCGUGAUCGUUCAAUAUUAUCCAAAGUUCCAUGGAAAUAUUUAAUUGUCGAUGAAGGUCAUCGGAUGAAAAAUCAUCAUUGUAAAUUAACACAAAUUUUAAAUACAUUUUAUGUACAUACACCACAUCGUUUAUUAUUAACUGGUACGCCAUUACAAAAUAAUCUGCCGGAAUUAUGGGCCCUAUUGAAUUUUAUUCUACCAACAAUAUUUAAAUGUGCAACCACAUUUACCGAUUGGUUUAAUGCACCAUUUGCUACUUUGCCAAGUGAAAAAGUUGAAUUAAAUCAUGAAGAAACUCUAUUGAUUAUUCGACGUCUGCAUAAGGUGUUACGACCUUUCCUAUUACGUCGACUUAAAAAAGAAGUCGAAUCACAAUUACCAGAAAAGGUUGAAUAUACUGUUAAAUGUGAAUUAUCAGCAUUACAACGUUGUCUUUAUCAUGCUAUGUCAAAAAAUCGUACAUUAAUUAUUGAAAGUCAAAAUGGUAAAAGUGGUCGUCGGGCAUUGAUGAAUAAAUUAAUGCAACUGCGUAAAAUAUGUAAUCAUCCAUUUCUAUUCGAAGAAAUCGAAGAACGUUUAGCACGAUCGCUUGGCUAUAAAGAUGGAUUUGUAAGCGGGCCUGAUCUAUUUCGUGUAUCCGGAAAAUUCGAAUUACUCGAUCGUAUAUUACCAAAAUUAAAAGCAAGUGGACAUAAAGUUUUAUUAUUUUGUCAGAUGACGGCUGUUAUGGAUUUAUUCGAAAUCUAUUUUGCCUAUCGAAAUUAUACAUACAUACGUUUAGAUGGCACAACAAAAGCCGAUGAUCGUGGUGAAUUAUUAAAAAGUUUUAACGAUGAUAGUACGAAUUGUUUUAUAUUUUUACUAUCAACACGUGCUGGCGGCGUUGGCUUAAAUUUGCAAAAAGCCGAUACAGUUAUUUUAUUCGAUUCGGAUUGGAAUCCACAUCAGGAUCAACAAGCACAAGAUCGUGCACAUCGUAUUGGACAAAAAAAUGAAGUCCGAGUUUUACGUUUAAUGACUGUUAAUACAGUUGAAGAAAAAAUCUUAGCUUGCGCAAGGUAUAAAUUAAAUGUCGAUGAAAAAGUUAUUCAAGCUGGUAUGUUCAAUCGUUCGUCCACGUCAAGUGAACGACAUGAUUAUCUCGAACAAUUGAUUGAAGGAGAAGAUGAUUUUAAAGAUGAUGAUGAAGAUAUACCAGACGAUGAAAUUCUUAAUCAAAUGAUUGCUCGUACGGAAGGUGAAUUUAAUUUAUUCAAUCGUAUGGAUGUUGCUCGACGUGAAUAUGAAUCUCUACAUGGUGUGGGCAGUGGUGGUGAUGGUGCUACCGAACGUCGGAAUUGGAAAUUAUCAAAUGCUGCAGUAGCAACACCAGUCGCUGAUGAUGCUAAACUUCUUACACCUCGAAUUAAACGUAAAAAAGAAAGCGACAAUGAAGAUUCAAUUGAUCAACCAUCAAAAGUUCCUUCCAAUGAAAAAAAACUAACACCUGGUUUUAUUGAUCAGAGUGAUGAUGACGCUACUGGCGGAGGUGAAGAAACUACUACGACAACUACAACUACAAACGAUGAAACAACACCAUCGCCAUUAGAAGACAUUGAUGACGAAGAAGAUCUUGAUUACUCUCAAGUAACACCGACUAUUCAUCGUAAAAUGAAAAUAACUCGUCUUAUCACCGACGAUGAAUUACCCGGUUGGCUGAAAAAUGAUGUCGAAGAAGUAGAAAAAACUCUUGAAAACGAUGACGAUUUUGGUAAAGGUCGUCGUCAACGUAAAGAUGUUGAUUAUAGCGAUAAUUUAACUGAACGAGAAUUUUUACAAGCAUUAGAAGAAGGAAAUUUAGAUGAUGCUGUUGAACAAAAACGUGUAAGAAAACAAAAUCGUAAAAAUGCCUUAUCUACUGACGAUAAUGAUAUUGAUCUUGAUGAAACGGAAGCACGUUCAUCAUUCGAUAAUCCAUCAACACCUAUAUCGCAUCAACAAAAUUUUUCAUCGAAACGUGGCAGCGUGAAAAAACGUUUGCAAACUGUUGAUCCUAAAAUUGCACCACAAUGCCGAGUUUUACUCGAACGUCUAUUAGCCUAUCGUACGGAAGACAAUCGAAUAUUAGCACAACCAUUCAUUCGUCUACCUGGACAAAAACAAUUACCUAUUUACUAUCAAACAAUUAAAGAUCCAAUUGAUUUUCAACGUAUUAAACGAAAAAUUGAUACAUACAGAUAUUCAAGUCUAGAUGAAUUUCAAACGGAUAUUGAAUUACUUGUAGAAAAUGCUCAAACAUUCAAUUGUGAAACAUCAUUAAUUUUUGCUGAUUCGAUUCUAAUAGAAAAAGUUUAUAGGAAUCUACGUGAACAACUUGAUGCGGGUCUUAUUGAAAUGCCAUCAGCAACGACAAUAGCAAACGAACAACCAGCAACAACAACAACAACGCCAGUAGCUGCAGCAAAAACAACGACUCCUCGCCAAUCAGCAAGGCGAGGUCGUGCUGCAAAAGCAACAGCAACAACAACUCCUGUUACAACGAAUGGAGAGGUUUCACGACGAGGACGAAAAAGAAAAUUAACUGUUGUUAAAGAUGAGGAAGAAUCGGAUGAAGAACUGCAACAACAACAACAACAACAGCAGCAGCAGUCAGUUUCUGAAGAAGAACGUGAUCAUGAUGCAAAUUAUGAAUAA